AUGUCGAUAGUACCUCCCUUUGACCUCUGGAGACGGCCCUAUCCGGAGAUCAGUUCCAAGCAUAGUAUCACUGUGUAUGUCAACUCAAGCCACCUGUCCCCGCUCACCCUCGCCACAUACCUCGCCUCACUCUGGUCGUGGAUCCCCAAGCUGGGUAGCUCUAGUUGCCAAACCGGGAACCCAGUGCAGACGGAACCACAGCCAGGCAUCCGUCUGCUACAUCCGCUGCGAGGAGUACACCUUAUUUCUCAAUCCGUGCUCCGGGACCCAUUCCCCGUCCAGAAUGUGGUGCAGCAAAUGUGGUCCUCCCCGGACGGUGUGGUAUGUGCUUUCUCCAUCCCCAGAUACUCCGGGGAGCAAGUGGUACCUUUAAACUCCGCGCAAGGCCGUGGGCGGGGCAGCCAGGGUGUGCGUUGUGAGGAGUCCAAGACCACGCUCCUGGAUCUUCAGUCCUAG